ACAGUGUUCUCCCCAUCUCUCCUCCUCCUCUCCUCGGGUACGUACCAUGGAGACGGGCAUCGGAUCGGUGGACGGGCCCAAGGGGGCGCCGAGCGGCGCGGUGGCGUGCCCGGCGACGUUCCCGGCGUCGUCGCCCACCUUCAUCGGCUCCCCGGAGGCCACGCUGGGGCGGCACCUGGCGCGGCGCCUGGUGCAGAUCGGCGUGGGCGACGUGUUCGCCGUGCCGGGCGACUUCAACCUCACCCUCCUCGACCACCUCAUCGCCGAGCCCAGGCUGCGCCUCGUCGGCUGCUGCAACGAGCUCAACGCCGGCUACGCCGCCGACGGGUACGCGCGCGCCAGGGGCGUCGGCGCGUGCGCCGUCACCUUCACCGUUGGCGGGCUCAGCGUGCUCAACGCCAUCGCCGGCGCCUACAGCGAGAACCUCCCCCUGAUCUGCAUCGUCGGCGGGCCCAACUCCAACGACUACGGCACCAACCGGGUCCUCCAUCACACCAUCGGCCUCCCUGAUUUCUCUCAGGAGCUGCGCUGCUUCACGCCGGUCACGUGCUACCAGGCCGUCGUCAACAACCUCGAGGACGCCCACGAGCAGAUUGACAAGGCCAUCUCCACGGCUCUCAAGGAGAGCAAGCCCGUCUACAUCAGCGUCAGCUGCAACCUCCCCGGCGUCCCCCACCCCACCUUCAGCCGCGACCCCGUCCCCUACUUCCUCGCACCAAGGAUGAGCAACCAGAUGGGCUUGGAGGCGGCGGUGGAGGCGACGGUGGCCUUCCUGGACAAGGCGGUGAAGCCGGUGAUGGUGGCCGGGCCGAAGCUGCGGGUGGCCAAGGCGGGCGCGGCGUUCGCGGAGCUGGCGGACGCGAGCGGCUACGCGGUGGCGACCAUGCCGUCGGCCAAGGGGCUUGUGGCGGAGACGCUGCCGCGCUUCAUCGGCACCUACUGGGGCGCGGUGAGCACGGCCUUCUGCUCCGAGAUCGUCGAGUCGUCGGACGCCUACCUCUUCGCCGGCCCCAUCUUCAACGACUACAGCUCGGUGGGCUACUCGUUCCUGCUCAAGAAGGAGAAGGCGGUGAUCGUGCAGCCCGACCGCGUCACCGUCGGCAACGGCCCGGCGUUCGGCUGCAUCAUGAUGAAGGACUUCCUGGGGGAGCUGAGCAAACGCCUCAAGAAGAACACCACCGCGUACGAGAACUACAAGCGGAUCUGGGUGCCGGAGGGGCAGCCGCCCGAGAGCGAGCCCGGCGAGCCGCUGCGCGUCAACGUGCUCUUCAAGCACGUCCAGAAGAUGCUCACCGGCGACAGCGCCGUCAUCGCCGAGACGGGCGACUCGUGGUUCAACUGCCAGAAGCUCAAGCUCCCCGACGGCUGCGGGUACGAGUUCCAGAUGCAGUACGGCUCCAUCGGGUGGUCCGUCGGGGCGCUGCUCGGGUACGCGCAGGGCGCCAGGGACAAGCGCGUCAUCGCCUGCAUCGGCGACGGCAGCUUCCAGGUGACGGCGCAGGACGUGUCCACCAUGCUCCGCUGCGAGCAGAACAGCAUCAUCUUCCUCAUCAACAACGGCGGCUACACCAUCGAGGUGGAGAUCCACGACGGGCCAUACAACGUCAUCAAGAACUGGAACUACACGGGGCUCGUCGACGCCAUCCACAACGGCGAGGGAAAGUGCUGGACCGCCAAGGUGACGUGCGAGGAGGAGCUGACGGCGGCCAUCGAGACGGCGACCGUGGAGAAGAAGGACUGCCUGUGCUUCAUCGAGGUGGUGGCGCACAAGGACGACACCAGCAAGGAGCUCCUUGAGUGGGGAUCAAGGGUCUGCGCAGCCAACUCCAGGCCACCCAACCCGCAGUAGACAGUGGUAGAUACACGUUGACCGGUGAUUUGAGUGAGGCAUUUUCGAUUUAGAGUGGAACGUUUGAUCCAGCAUGCUUGCAUGCAUGCAAACUUCGCAUACUAUUUCUACGUUCGAAUAAGUAUAAUUGAUUGAUUAAUAAAGUUACACGAGUCUUCUUUCUU